AUGAAGCGGAAAGCUAGCGACUCUAGUGAGGAAGUGGCUGGUAUUACUGAGAAGAUGAGUAAACGCAUCGCCAUGGAGCCGAAGAAGACAGAACUGUCUGCGAUCGAGCGUUUGAAACGUGCCCAGGGAAUCCAGCCAUCGUGGCAAGCCAUGUGUGACCAGGAAGUCCUCCACUACGUCCAGGCACUGGCGAACUCUAUUGGUUGCCCCGAGGAACAUUUCUUCUUCCCACUCUUGUCAAUCACGGCUGCUCUUGUCAGCACAAACGCGUCAGUACACAUCACCGAGUCGUGGAAUGAACCGGCUGUGCUGUGGUUCGCCGUCUUGGCAAAGCAGGGAGAAAUGAAAGCGCCCUCUAUGAACAUUUUACUGAAAGCGUUAGCCGAUGUCGAACGACGAAACAACGAUCUGAACACUAGCGAAGACAUAGCUGAAGGCGCUGAUGCCAGCCUCGUUUUGGAUGAGGUCAACUACAACCAGUCGACACUACGUAAUACGCUAGCCCAGCAUCGUAAUCGUCUGCUUCUCAUUGCUAAGGACUUGUCGUUCCUAUGUAAACAAACUUUUGAUAAGAAUCCUGCCGAUUUGAAAGAUCGCGAACGACGGCACGUGUUAUCGUCAGUAUACAACGGCAAUGAUCCCAACUUCAGUGCUGCAAUUGAUUCACCGAUGUGUUUCAAUGUUACCGGAUUCUUUAACCCAAAGCGUGUUCUCGGUAUGAUGACCGUCGAUGAUAUCGAUCCCAUUCUAAGCCACAUCAUGUUCUCUUGCCCGCUUGAGCGAGAUUGCUUCAUGGAGGACCUGAAUCCCAUGCCAUCAUACCUGCCUCCAUUGUCGCUACUGUUCCACAUCAUCUCACACAGCAACCAGUAUCCGACAAAGUACCAGUUCAACGCAGACGCCCUGAUUGUCGUCAACGAAUACCUGAACGAUCUUAUCAUGCAGAAACGUGCCGUUCCUAACGAUGAGACGAAACGCUACAUCUUCACGAAAGCUCGUGCCCAGUUCUGUCGCCUUGCACUCAUCUGCCACAUCUUACGAGACGCCAUGCAAGAAGCCAUCGCCAGGUUCGAGAAGAAUUCCGAGAACGGCCAGAGCGAGGAGGAGUUGUACGCAGUCAACAACGACUGGAAAUCGUCUGUGAUCUCUAUCGACGCAGUUCAACAAGCAAGAGAAAUCAUGGUUUACUUCAUUGAUCAGAAGUUGGGCCUACUACCAGGGAGCACAGAGAGCGUGCAACGACCUGAACCAGAGGUUCCUCGUGAGCAGCCAAAACAGAUGGCUCCAGUCAGCGUACCAUACAAGCAACACGCACAGCAAUCCCAGUGGGCAAACCAUCAGAAUCCCAAAGCACCGUCUCCUGCCAUGCCAGCCAUGAACGUCCUUCAAGAGAUGCACAACUCCGCACGCGAGUUCCUCAGUCACAUGACCAGCUCAAGAGAUCUGCAGAAUCAUUUCCGAGCCCAGCAGGCCGUCCAUACACCACAGUCUCGCCGAUCGCCUGCCUUCCCGAGCCCCAUGCACCCAAUGAUGCAACACAUGAAUGGAUACGCUCAAACGAAAGCCGCCCUAGCUGCCCCGAGUUUAGUCACAGCGUUGCCGACAUCAUCACACUCGUCACACAGCAUGGUGCCCAUGCCAUACCAGAUGUCUCCAUCGCCUGUUUCAUCCGCGCCAAUCAACAUGGUGAAGAACGAGAACGAUAGCCCUCUUGCCUUAACAUCGAAACCCCGCAGCAAUGGAACGGCCAACCGAUCAUCGGGACACCAUCGUAAGAACCCGAACCCGCAUCCAGCCCAUGCCCGAUCAUCACCUAAUUUCCAGGGAGCCGUCAUACCACCCAACAUGAUCAAGAUGUGUGGACGCACUCCAACGAUCGUGGGCACAGAGGGUGAGAACGGAACGUACCACUACGACUUUAGCAAUCUCCUCCCAUACGCAUCGAAGAAUCUCCGAAGCUUGUUGACAUCCGGACAUAAGGAGAUCAGCGCGUCGAUCGUCGCAGGGCGCCACCUGAUGCCGCCCACGAAAACUCCAGGAACAGAAAAUCGCUACAAGACGGAAGCAGCCGUUGCCUAUCUUCAGAAAGUCGCCGAUCUAGGAUUUGGGACGAUCUACCGCACGAACAAGAAGAGCACUGUGUUCCGGAAACGUCCGUACGAAGAGUUAGAGUCCGAAAAUCUGGACAUUCUGGAGAAGAUUCAGGUUACUGAGUCGGCGUACAAGCGCAUCAAAACUGCGAUGAGCGAUGGUGACAGGCCACGCAGACGUGAAAAGUUACCGAUAAGUAUGGCGCCAAUAAACUCGCACAUGGCCUUCAUGAACAGUCUAAACUUGGCUGCUAGCCAAGCCCACAACAACAACAACAAUAACAUUAGUCCGCUACUUCUGAAAGAAGAGCUCCAGAUCAAGGAAGAGGACGUCUCCAUGCUCGGUGGCGACCUCUCUAUGGACAUUGACACAAGUUCCGAACACAGUACGAGUAUUAGUAACCCACCGAGUGUUGCCAGCACGCAGUCGAAUGUUGUGAGCCAACCACCACAUCUCGCAAGCUCCCCGCCGAACAUUGCCAGCUCCCCGCCGAACACUGCCAACAUUCCGAGCAGUCACCAUUUUACUAUGACGCCGCUAAAUUUGAAAAGAGAAUCGCCUCUUGCGCCAGAGAUUCAAGCCAGUACAUGA